GGGAAAGAGAUCAGACUCACCAGAUCCCAGCUGUGUGUCCAUGAAGAGUGAUUGGUCUAUGAAACACCCAUUUCACUUCAAAGGCAGAAACUGUUCUGCUGAUCUGAGAAUGAUGGAGGGAAAGAGAUCAGAGUCACCAGAACCCAGCUGUGUGUCCAUGAAGAGUGACGGGUCAAUGGGACUCCCAAUUAACUUCAGAGACAGAGACAGUCCUGCUGAUCUGAGACCACAAAAGAAGAAAUCAAACCUCAGCAGAAAUCAGCUGGAGUCCAUAUUCAAGGAGCUGGAACACAAAGUCAUCAGUGUGAUCCAGAAGGAGCUGAAGAGGUUUAAGAAGCUCCUGAGUCCAGAUUCCCCAGCAUGCUCUGAGAGGGAGGUGGAGGAUGAGGAGGAUCAGAGCAGUGUCAGAGAGGGAGUGCUGAAGAUCACACUGCACUUCCUGAAGAACAUGAACCACACAGAUCUCGCUCACACACUGCGCAACAAACACGUCUCUGUGUAUCGGCAAAAGUUGAAAUCCAACCUGAGAGAGAAGUUCAAAAGAGUUAAUGAAGGAAUCUCACAGCAUGGAAGCUCAGCUCUUCUGAAUGAGAUCUACACAGAGCUCUACAUCACAGAGGGUUGGAGUGGAGACGUCAAUAAAGAACAUGAGAUGAGACAGAUUGAGACAGCGUCCAGGAGACCAGCAACACAGGAGACACCCAUCAAAUGUAAGGAUCUCUUUAAAGACACGUCCAUCAGAAGUGUGCUGACUAAAGGAGUUGCUGGAAUUGGAAAAACAGUCUCUGUGCAGAAGUUCAUUCUGGACUGGACUGAAGGAGAAGUGCAUCAGGACGCCACCUUCAUGUUCCCACUUCCCUUUAGAGAGCUGAAUCUGAUGAAGGAGAGAAAUCUCAGUCUGAUGAAUCUCCUUCAUCACUUUUUCCCAGAAAUGAAAGAAUUACAAUUCAUAGACUGUGAUAUAAACAAAGUCCUGUUGAUCUUUGAUGGUCUGGAUGAGUGUCGACUUCCUUUAAAUUUCCAGAACAAUGAGAGAUUGUGUGAUGUGACAGAGUCGGCCUCAGUGGAUGUGCUGCUGACAAACCUCAUCAAGGGGAAUCUGCUUCCCUCUGCUUUCCUCUGGAUAACCUCUCGACCAGCAGCAGCCAAUCAGAUCCCUCCUGAGUGUGUAGACCAGGUAACAGAGGUACGAGGGUUCAGUGAUCCUCAGAAAGAGGAGUACUUCAGGAAGAGGAUCAGUGAUCAGAGCCUGGCCAAUAAAAUCAUCACACACAUGAAGUCUUCAAGAAGCCUCUACAUCAUGUGCCACAUCCCAGUCUUCUGCUGGAUCUCAGCCAGUGUUCUCGAGAGAAUGUUGGGUGAAGCAGAGAGUGGAGAGAUCCCCAAGACUCUGACUCAAAUGUUAACACACUUCCUGAUCUUUCAGAUCAAACACAAGGACCAAAAUUACCAUCAGAAAUGUGAGCCUGAUCCUCAGCAGACCAGAGCGAGUAUCCUGGCACUGGGAAAACUGGCUUUCCAACAGCUGGAGAAAGGAAACCUGAUCUUCUAUGAGGAAGACCUGAGAGAGUGUGGCAUUGAUGCGAGAGAAGUGUCAGUGUACUCAGGAGUGUGUACCCAGAUCUUCAGAGAGGAGUUUGGGCUUCACCUGGGGAAGGUGUUCAGCUUCGUACAUCUGAGUGUUCAGGAGUUUCUGGCUGCUUUAUACGUCUUUCUCCGUUUUAUUUUUAGAAAGAGAAAUGCGCUCAUGGAACAAAGCACUGGGCUUUUUAAUUUCUUAAUAAAGUCAAACAUGUCUGAUUUCCUCAGGAGUGCAGUGGACAAGGCCUUACAGAGUGCGAAUGGACACCUGGACCUGUUCCUCCGCUUCCUUCUGGGUCUCUCACUGGACUCCAAUCAGACUCUCUUACGAGACCUACUGCCCCAGACAGGAAAUAGCGCUCACAGCAAACAGGAAACAGUCGAGUACAUCAAGGAGAAGAUCAGGGAGAAUCCAUCUCCAGAGAAAUCCAUCAAUCUGUUCCACUGUCUGAAUGAACUGAAUGAUCAUUCUCUAGUGCAGGAAGUACAACGUUACGUGAACAGAGGAGAUUGCAGGCGUCUCAGUAGAGUCAGUCUCUCUCCUGCUCAGUGGUCAGCUCUGGUGUUUGUGUUACUGAACUCAGAACAGGAGCUGGAGGAGUUUGAUUUGAGUAAAUAUUACCCAUCAGAGGAAUGUCUUCUGAAGCUGCUGCCAGUGGUCAAAGCCUCCAGAAAAGCUGUGUAA